AUGUCCUCUCCCCGUCCCGCCUCUCCCCUGACCUCCGGCGCCGAAUCCGGCCCUGACACCAAGUCCGCUGGCUCUGGCCCCGGUGCCUCUGGAUCCGCCUCGGCCAUCAACCGUCCUGCCUCGCCCACUCCCCCCGGUGGUCCUCGCGCUGCUCUGCGUCGCCGCGCGGCUGCAGACCACAAGGAGUCGCUGCGCAAUGUCAGACCCAGCUCGACUCGCGCCGCGGGUGCCGGUGGCUCUUCGGGCACGAUGCUCAAGCUUUACACGGACGAGAGCCCUGGGUUGAGGGUUGACCCCGUUGUCGUGUUGGUUCUUAGUCUUGGGUUUAUCUUCUCGGUUGUGGGAUUGCAUGUUAUUGCCAAGAUCACUCGCAAGCUCUCGUGA